UAAAAAGAACAUCACGAGCAGUGCAUUCAACGACAAGCUGACUUUAGCGUCACGUUGUAUUAAACGAGUGUUUGAUAUAUCAAAGUAGCAACGAAAAAGAAAAAAAUUAUUAAUAUCAACAUCUUUUCAGUAGUUAAAGGAAGUUUCUGUUCCUCUGUGUAUACAUAAACAUUUUAGUGACAUUUAGGAAGUGAAAAAAUAAUCAAAAGGAGCAAGUUGUUUUUUUUUAAAAAAAAUAAUACUUAUAAAGUGCAUGCAGUAAUGAUAAAAGUCGACGAUAUAUAACCUUUAAUACUAAUUAUAUACGAAGAUAAAACUCGUUCGCUCUCACUCUCUCAAAAGAAAAAAAAAUAUUUUGAGGGUCGAAGAAAAAGGUGAAAAUAAAUACUUAAACAGAACCUGAAUAGAAAAUAAGCAAGCAAGUUCUUUUUAUCUCAGUUUGCGCUUGUUAAAUGUAAAGUGGAAAAACCAAUUAAAAUUGAAGAAAAGAGAGUGAAAAAAAAAUACUCAUUAGUGGUUCAAUCCGAUUACGUCUAUAAACAGAAGCACAGCAACAACAGCAUCAAAAAAAAGAAAAGAUGAUUAAAGUUGAUGAAACAGAUCCUGUAGGAGAAAUUGAGCCGCAAUUUCCCUAUCGUCAAGUGAACAUAAAGCGUGGUGAAGACAUCAAGGAAUAUUUUGAUUUGUGUGAGGAAAUUGGGAGGGGCAAAUUUGGCACAGUUUACAAAUGCAAAGAGAAAUCAACAAAACUCUGUUUAGCGUCAAAAUUCAUUGCCGUACCAAACAGAAAAGAGCGUAAAAAUGUUGAACGUGAAUUGGACAUGAUGAAUCGUUUGCAUCAUCCCAGAAUUAUUCAACUGUACGAUGCCUACGAGUAUGAUAAAAUGGUCUGCGUAGUUUUAGAAUUAAUUGAUGGUGGUGAACUCUUUGAUCGUGUCCUUGAUGACAAAUUCCUCCUGACAGAAAAAGCCUGCUCUAUUUUCAUGCGUCAGAUUUGCGAAGCAAUGGAAUACAUUCAUGAUCAAAACAUUAUCCAUUUAGACUUGAAGCCUGAAAAUAUUUUAUGUCUAUCAGAAUCGGGAAAUCGAAUAAAGCUUAUUGAUUUUGGGCUGAGUCGUGAAUACGAUCCGACAUCGAAAUUACAAGUGCUUUUUGGGACACCAGAGUUCGUUGCCCCCGAAGUUGUGAACUUUGAUGCAAUAACAUUUGCGACCGAUAUGUGGUCUGUUGGAGUUAUUGCGUACGUUCUUGUGAGUGGACUGUCUCCAUUCGCUGGAGAAUGUGAUGUAGAGACGAUGGGUAAUGUGACGGUUGGCAAAUACGAUUUCAAUGAUGAAGCAUUCGAUAAUGUAUCACAAGAUUGCAUAGAUUUUGUAACAAAAUUACUAGUAAAGGGACAAGACGAUAGAAUGACAGCAAAGCAAGCCCUAAGACAUAGAUGGAUUAAAAAGAGGCCACAGUAUCAUCCGACAAAUCCCAAACCAUCUAAUCCACUCGAAUUCAAAGCUGUUUAUAUGGAUAAAGACAACACGCUGAUAACAGCGAAAGACAAUUUACGAAAUUGUGUUGAUAGAUGGAAUGACAGUACGCCAUAUGUGUUUGAUAAACAUUCGAAUUCAAUAUCACCAGUGCACGCGAGCAUCUCAUCAUCAAUAGAUACAUCACCCACACCAUCAUUAAACAGCUCAUCCGCAAGUUUGGCUGCAAGCGAUGAAAAUGAUAAUUCGCCCAUGUCAUUGCAUGAUAACGAUAAAAUCAUAAAUACAAAUAUUAACUCAUCAACAUUACCAAAAUUACAUUUAACCACAAAUCAGAAUGAAGCACCAUCGAUUGUGAGCUUAAAAGAUUAUUUGCACAUAUUGGAUCGACAUAAAUCAAUUGAUAAUUGCUUUCUAUUGCCUUCUGGUGUUGUUGAUGGUUCAUACCCGUGUUAUUAUGAUGAUGAAAUUAAAAAAUUAACAAAUCAUUUAUUCGAAAUCACAAAAAAUCAUUAUUCAGAAACAGAGACAUCAACAACCACAACAACAAAACCAGAUAACAGCAACAAUCAUAAUGUCAAUGGUAAAAAUCUGUGUCUGGCAUCUAAUGGUAUUGUUGAUGAUAAUAACAACAAGAUUGAUGAUAGUGAAAUGGAUCAUCAGGCUCAUGAGACGUCAAUGAAUGAUUAUGAUGAUAAGAGUGCGAUGAGGAACAAUCAGUUUACAGACAUAUUCAAAAAAUUUACAAAACUCACCGACGAUAGUUCAAUUGUGAGUAAUGUGCCAUGGGCUGUAACAAAACGAACGAAAUUUCGCAUUAAUCAGACGAGUAGUCGAGAUGUACCAAUUGUUAGAACAGAAAAGCCAGCAAAAUUGAAGAAGCAGAACGCAAUUGAUGAUGGUCAUGACAUGAAAUUAUUUGAUGAGACAAUUAACCACACUUCACGAACUGAUGUUGUUGAUAUUUUAACAGGAAAUAACAUUGUUGACUUUCUCGAUGAGACAUUUUCAAAUAAGACUCAUCAUCACUUGUUUCAGUCGUUGCGGCAUGAAACUUUUGUUGGUCGAUUACCGAACGGAAGUAUCUCAUUUGAUUGUGGUCAACUUGGUGAGGAGCAACGAUCAAUAAAUACAAUUAAGGCACUUUUUCGACUUCACGCAUCGACUGGGACAAGUGUGAAGCAAAUGCAGGCACUGAUUGAGUCGAAGAGAAGCAAAUGAGUAUAAAUUUUAAAUUUAAUGUUUUGAAAAUUAACAUGCUGGUGAUUUUUAUAGAAGCUUUUUAUGUUUAAAAAUUAUAAGGAGUGAAUCGACGCACUUUGAACUAAAGGGUAUACAACUAAACGUCAAUCUUAAAUUUUGCCGGGAAAUAAAAUCCCAAGGGUACAAAACUACACUAACAUUCACAAAUCCCAACAAAACACUAUAGAUUCAGAGUUCCUGCUUAAUAAAUCACUUCCAUCAUCCAUUAUCACGUAUAAUGGACGACUACUUAAGCAAUUAAACCGAAUGACUAUCAAAAGUUCAUAGUUUAUGUCUACAAAAGACGCAAACAAUCUGUCAAGGAAAAUUGUCCUUAAUCUAAAUGUUUUGUUCCAGUUCGGAGAAAAAUCAUUGCCACCAUUGUCUCACUCAAUUGACUGUCACUUUCAUGUCCCUUUCAUUUUUUUUUUGCUUUUUUGUUUCGUCCAUUCUUUCUACAUUAUUAUUGUGUCUGUCUUUUUUUUGCAUACUAAAGAAGCAUUAGUUCUUCAUUUUAUGGAGAAAUCUCUAACAAAGUAUCACUUUAAGUGGAAGAUAUUUUUCAUCUUUUAUUGUCAAUGUCGUCGUCAUGAAUAAAAUGAGUUUGUACAAAAAAUAAUAAUAAAGAGAAAGAGAAAUUAUUGUAACAAUAGUCAAGUAUAUUAGGGUAGGGGAAAUAUAAGAAUUGAAUUUGAGUGAUAUUUAUAAAGGAAAUUAUAUGAAUAGCAAGGGAAAGGAUAACUUGUUAAGACGCAGGGGUUGUAGAAGAAUUUGGCGGGAUUCACGCGAUAAAUUUUUCUUAUUGUGAGAAAUGUUUCCUGCCGUGGAAUGCAGAAGGGUCAUUAACCGUUUUAGUUAAAUUCUCACAUGCUCAAUACAAUAGAAAUUAGAGCAACAAAUCAACAUGAACAUUUUUAAGGUAGGAAUCGAAAUACUUUCAAAUUGUUCAUGGGAAUUUAUCUUAUAAGUUUGUGCUGGUAAAAUCUAGGUUGUGACACUUGAGAUUGAUA